AACAAAAAUAAACAAAAUGGAGUCAUGCGUCGCAGUUGACAGAGAAGUCGAAAAAGUUUUGUCUAAAUUCAACGGUUUACAAGAUCAUUGUGUAAAUACAAUCGAUGAUUUUAUUUUCUCCAUUGAAAAUAUUAGAAAGGAACUUGCAGCAGGUCCCUCUGAUGGUCCAGUUCAGUCCAUACAGACCUCCGUGCUGGAGCAGUCUAUACAGAGAGUGCUGGAGGCGACCUGGCGUAUGUCUCAGGAACACAAGGAUCUGCACAGCACAGUAUCCAAAGUGGGCCGGACUAUAGACAGGAACUUUGUGUCUGAGUUCAGUGCAGUGUUCACUGAGAGUGCGUUUGAGAAGGAGGAAUGUGUUGAACUUCUCAACCAGAUUAUCUGUGAACAUUUCCUGCGACAAGGGAAACUGGACAUUGCUGAAGCUCUAAAUGAGGAAGCCUGUUUGAAUGUUGACUCUGCUGAAAUGGAGCCCUUCCUGGAGCUACAUCGGAUAUUGGAGGCCUUGAAAAGAAGAAACCUUCAACCUGCACUCAGCUGGGUUGCUGCCCAUAAGGACCGCCUUGACGAACAGAACAGCGGGCUGGACUUCAAGCUUCACCGCCUGCAGUUCACAGAGAUGGUUGCCAGCAAUCCACACGACCCCGCCAGGGUCCUCCAGUAUGCUAAACAGUUGGCCCGGUUUGCAGAGAAACAUUCUAAAGAGCUCCAGGUGUUGAUGGGCAGCCUGCUGUACAUGCGUCAGGGGGUCCACACAUCUCCCUACGCCUUCCUGCUGGACCCAAUAUACUGGGACGAGAUCUGUGAUGUGUUCACACGCGAUGCCUGCGCACUCAUGGGAAUGUCUGUAGAGAGUCCACUAAGUGUCAGUAUCCGUGCCGGGUGCAAGGCCCUGCCUCCACUCCUCAACAUUCGCCAGGUGAUGCAGCAGAGACAGGUGUCCGGGGUGUGGACCAACAAGGACGAACUGCCGGUGGAGAUAGACUUGGGCAAUGAGCACCGCUAUCACUCUAUAUUCGCCUGCCCGAUACUCCGCCAGCAGAGCUCAGAUGUGAAUCCCCCGGUGCGCCUCAUCUGUGGUCAUGUGAUCUCAAGGGAUGCCCUUCAUAAGCUCUCCACAGGCAACAAAGUGAAGUGUCCAUACUGUCCUGUUGAACAGAAUCCUGAUGAUGCCAAGAUUGUCGUCUUCUGAUCCUCUCAGCACUUUGAUCAAUCCUGCCUGCUUGCUUGCAAGUGACGAGAAAUUAAAGACUGUGAAGUAAAUAUAAGGGUUGUAAUGACCUGAAUCACGCGAAAAUAGAUCUUAUCCCAUAUGCUGUAACCACAGCCCCUGACCAGCCUGAGAAAUUGUUCACUAUAGUCAGGAGAAACAGUGUCAACUGUGUGGGUGCUGGUCUGGAGCUAUGCUGGCCUCACAUGUUGUAAAAACCCAUUUUCGUGUGACAUUUUCAGCAAAUGAACUGAUCACAAUAGUGCAAAGGGUGGGGUUUAUGUAUUGGUUUUAUGACAAUGUUGUAUAAUGUCUGUUAAGAUGUCUGCAAACCCUAAGCUUAUUUAGGGGCAAAGUUCAGGUCUGUAUGCUUAUUCUGUUUUUGUUUGUAAUUUCGAUGUAGGAUUUUUAUACCCCUACAAACGAAGUAUAGGAGUUAACUUGUCUGUCUGAUUGUCGGUCCGUAUUAAGUGUCCGCUCUCUCAAUAAAGUUGUUUUCAUCCGAUUUUCACCAAACUUAGUCAGAAGUUGUAUCUACAUGAAAGCUAGACCAAGUUCGAACAUGAGCCUUGCCGGGUCAAAAACUAGGUCACGGGGUAACUUAGUGCGUUUUAAACAUUCAGCAUGUUGUCCGCUCUCUUAAGUAGUUUUCAUCCGAUCUUCACCAAACUUGGUCAGAAGUUUUAUGGAGAUGAUCUUAAGGCCAAGUUAGAACAUGGGCCUUUCCGGGUCAAAAACUAGGUCAAGGGGUCACUUAGUGCGUUUAAAAAAAUGAGCAUGGUGUUGGCUGAUUUGUGUGAAGACGACAUGCAAAAUAUUGUGUCAAUGCGGCAUAUGGGGGUAUUCAUCAUGUCUGUGACAAAGCUCUAGUUUUUUAUUUCUAACAAUAUAUUGGAAAUAAAACAAUUUAUUGCAAAGGAUAAAGGUUUUAUUGGCAUAGUGACUAUUGUUUUCUCAUUCUGGAAUUAUAUUAUUGAACACUGCUUAUUACUGGUUCAUUCAAGGUUACAAAUUCAAGAUUAAAUACCACUAUAGAAUAUGCAAAUAUGAUCUUUCUUCACUGUACAUGUAAGCUGCCAUCAAAUAUAUCUUUGUUGAGCAAUUUGCUGGUCGAAUUGCUGAUCUGUAACAAUUUGAAUAAUAUGUUUAAAUUGUUGUUAUAUACAAUGUUGCAAUGAAUGUGAAUGCUGUAUAAAGAUUCUUUUUGCUAGUCUGAAAAUGUCAGUAAACCAGAACUCCUGAAAACCGGUUUUGUGUGUGUUUGGUAUUGAGUUCAUUGCACAACAUAAAAGGUUACUGAAAUGUACAUAUAGGUGUUAGCAAUAUGUCAUUGUUAUUGACUUGUAUAUAUUUAUAAAUGUAAAUUUUGACUUCUGUAUUUAUUUUGUCUUUGUGAGUGGUGAAACAACGUAGUUGAUAGAAAAUAAAAGAUAAACAAGACAA